AGUCGAACUUCAGCAGAGGAGCAGAAACGACCUGGAGGAGAAUUUAUUUCACUAAACUGAAGUUUUAAUACGACUGACAGGAGUUUUAACUUCACUUUAGUCCUGAGACUGAAGUCAAACAUCAACUGGAAGCUGAGGUUCUGGUCCUGAUCCAGGUUCUGGUUCUGAUUCAGGUUCUGGUUCUGGUUCUGAUCCUGGUCCAGGUUCUGAUCCAGGUUCUGAUCCUGGUCCAGGUUCUGGUUCUGGUCCAGGUUCUGGUUCUGGUUCUGAUCCAGGUUCUGGUUCUGGUCCAUCAUGGCGGCUGCAGAACCAGAUCUGCAGCCUGUGAAACGAAGCAACAGCCUGGAAAUUAUUCCUCCUUCCAUUUCUGAGCAGAAGGAUGAAGACGAAGUUUUAACUACGGCUGAGAAACUCAAACCUCUGAACCUGGUUCUGUUUGGUCCAAAUGGAUCCCUGAAGGCGUCAGCAGCCAAGGUCAUUCUAGGUCACCAGGAUCUUCCUUCAGAGUGUGUCAGGAAGCAGGGAGAGGUGUUUGGACGUGGGGUUUCUCUGCUGCAGCUGCCUGCCUUGGAUGGAAAAGCUCAGCAGGAAGUGAUGGAGGAAUCCUUCAGGUGUGUCUCCCUCUGUGAUCCUGAGGGUGUCCACGCCUUCAUCCUGGUCCUACCUGUGGGUCCCCUCACUGAUGAAGACAAGGGAGAGUUACACACCAUCCAGGACACAUUCAGCUCUAGAGUCCAUGACUUCACCAUCAUCCUCUUCACCACAGAGACUGAUGCUGCAGAUAAAGAUGUUGGUGACGUUAUAAAGGAGAGCAGAGACAUCCAGGAUCUCCUCCAGAUCUGUGGAGGAAGAUAUUUUGUUCUGGACAUCAGAGACAGACGGCAGGUCAGAGAACUGAUGGAGACGCUGGAGAAAAAUGUUUCUGACAGGAAGAAAGGUUCAUCUUAUACAACUAAAACAUUAUUAUGGGGCCAAAUGGAGGAAAAACUGCAGCUGCAGAAUAAACUGAAGAAGUUUGAGUCAAAAUCUGUGGCUCCAGACCCUCCGCUGAUCCCAGCAGCAGAUUGUCUCCGGAUCGUUCUGAUCGGGAAAACUGGCGGCGGGAAAAGUUCAUCAGGAAACACCAUCCUGGGCAGGAAACAGUUUGAAGCCAAAGCGUCUCAACAGUCGGUGACUAGAAACUGUCAGAAAGCCCAGACUGUGAUCGCAGGUCGGCGGGUCGUUGUGGUCGACACUCCUGGUCUGUUUGACAACACGCUGACCGCCGAGCAGGUGGACGAGGAGCUGCUGAAGUGCAUCAGCCUGCUGGCCCCGGGGCCACACGUCUUCCUGCUGGUGCUGCAGGUCGGCAGAUUCACAGAGGAAGAGAAACGGACUUUAAGACAAAUGAAGAACGUUUUUGGUAAAAACUCUGAAGAUUUCACCCUCAUUCUGUUCACUGGAGGAGAUAAACUGAAAUAUGAGGAGAAAACAAUAGAUCAGUACGUUAGAGAGGGAUGUAAUGAAUCAUUUAAGAAACUGGUCGACGACUGUGGAGGAAGAUAUCAUGUUUUUAAUAAUUAUGAUAUAGAAAACAGAUCACAAGCCAAUGAACUGAUCCAGAAGAUCAAUAAGAUGGUGAAGAAGAACAAAGGAAAAUGUUUCACCAGCGAGAUGCUGCAGGAGGCAGAAGCUGCCAUACAGAGAGAGGUGAAGAGAAUCCUGGAGGAGAAAGAAGAAGAAAUUCAGAAACUGAAGGAGGAACUUCAAAAGAAACACGAAGAAGAAAAAGAAUCACUGAGAAGAAAAAUGGAAGAACAGAGAGAAGAGAUGGAAAAAGAGAGAAAACAGAGAGAAGAACAAUUUAAAGAGAUGGAAGAAAACAACAGGAAGGAGAGAGAGCAGAAAAACAGAGAACAGAGAGAAAGAGAAGAGGAAGAGAAGAAAAGAAAAGAGGAGGAAGAACGACAACAACAACAGUGGGAAAAAGAACGAAGAGAUUUAGAGAAAAAGAUCAAACAGGAAUCAAAAGAAAAGGAAACAAUCGAUAGAAAACUGGAAGAGAUGAGAAAACAGAUGGAGGAAAAACGAGACGCCUGGGAGAAAGAAAGAAAGGAGUGGUGGGAAAAACGACACCGAGAAGACGAAGAGAGACGAGAAGAACUGAAGAGACUUCAGGAGAAAUACGAAAAAGAAAGAGAGAAAUAUGAAAACCAGAGGAGAGAAGAUGAAAAGAGGAGGAGAGAACAAGAGAAGGAGAGAAAAGAAUUAGAGGAAAAAUAUCAGAAUCAACUGGAGGAAGUAAAGAGGAAGUUUGAAGACGAAGCCAGAAAACGAGCAGAAGAAUUUAAUGAGUUCAAAGAAAAAUACAAGAAAGAUUUUUCUGCUCUGCUGCAAAAACAUGAAGAAAAAACGAGAGAAAAGAAGGAAAAAUAGAAAGAAAACAGAGAAAAACUUAAAGAGUGAAACGACUAAACAGGUCAAAGAUCAAGUUUAUGAUAAAUGAGAUUAAAAUGAAUAAAUCAUAGAAACAAACAGUAAAAAAUGUC